AUGGCUACAACAAAUCUGGCAGCUGGUCAUUUAAUAAGAUGUGGUAAGAAUAUUGAAAAAGUAAAUAGUGACGUUGUGAGUUUUACAGCAUUGUGUUUACAAAGUUCUCACGUAAAAGAAAAACCUCAUGAAAUUGAAGGCUUAAUUUCAAAGUCGGGAAAAAUUUUAUCGGUUAAUUGUUCGGCUGGUUGUAAGGCUGGUAAGGGCGCAAAAUGUAAACACGUGGUGGCUGCUUUAUUAUAUUGCUACCGGAAAGGGGAUCAGCUUGAAGUUUUAUCCUGUACUAAUAAAAGAUGUGAAUGGAAAAAUAAGCAAGAUCGUAUUCUAAAAGAAUAUAAUUCGACCCCGAUUCACCAACAUGCUUGUUUUUCCAAGGUGAAACGUAAGUGCCAAAGUAACCAAGAUGCGAGAAAUGACCCAGUAACUGUUAAUAAUUCUGUAAGUGAACAAGAUUAUAAUGAAGACCUUGAUGAAGUUCACGAAGGUGAAGUCUUUGAAGAAGUGGUAUCUACCAAUGCUAUAAAACGAAAGUAUCCAGAAUGGAGCACCGUAAAAAGUCUUACUGAGGAUCAGAGAAUGCUCAUAGUUGAGAAAGUUCAGGCUAAAUUGAAAGACUCGGCGUUUGUUAAACAUUAGUAAAAAACAUGGUAACAUGGUGUACAUAAUGAUUUGGUUAUAAAAGCUUAUAUUUUAAUAGUUUUUGGAUAAUUUUUCAGUGUUGGAAGGCAUGAACCCAUUUUAAUUGAUCGUAAUCAAAAUCUCGACGUUUCUGAUAUGGAAAAGCAACAACUGAAGGUGAUAUUUACGUUACAACGAAGUGAAUUGAUGGAAGAUAUUAAAAGUAUGAAAAUCACUUAUUUAUACGAAUGCUGUAUAGACACUAUCAAAGACUUGUACUGUAAUUAUGAAGAAGUUUGUGUAAAAACUAAAUUACAUUACUCAGAGUGGCAUAAAGAAAGGCGAUUCCGGAUAACUGGAUCAACUUGCUAUCAGCUUUUUACUUAUACUUCUAAUAAGAAUCCGGAUUGGCAGAAAAAAUGUGAUUCUUUUUUUUCUCCGAAAAACUUUCGGAGUGAAUAUACUGAUUAUGGGAAAAAAACAGAAGGAGAAGCUCGGGAGUGCUUUAGAAAAGCAACGAACAAAGAUAUUAUUGAAACUGGACUAAUCAUAUGUCAACAAAAUCCGUGGCUCGCUUAUUCCCCUGAUGGAGUUAUUUUUAAAGAUGGAAAACCGUCAGAAGUACUGGAAAUUAAGUGUCCUUUCUAAGGAAAAUCCAAGGAUAUUCACACAGUCGUUCAAUCUGUAAUUGGCAAAUUUUUAAUCCAAGACGGUGAAAACAUUAGUUUAAAAAAAAGACAUGAGUUCUAUGAACAAAUGCAAUUAGGAAUGGCUGUCAUUAAUGUCAAGAAAACGUCAUUUGUGAUCUAUUCAUCGUUCGAUAAACGAGCUUUCAUACUGACUGUUGAUUUCGAUAGUGUAUUCGUGAUAAAGAUGUUGACGGCUUUAAAAAAAGCAUAUUAUCAGAAAAUGCUACAUAUUAUUUGUGCAAUUAAACAAGAUUCUAUAAAUAACAACUAAAAUAAUGGCCAAAGCUAAUUAAUAUCCUAACUAAUAUUUAAUUGAAAUAAAUUAUUUAUGGCAUGUGAUAAUACAAUUAAUAAGAAAAAUCUACAUAUUUAUGUUUGUAUUAAUGUUAAGAGAAAUAUUAGUUUUGUAA